UGAGUCAGUUUCUACAGAAAGCUAGACCCAUUUACACUCACUGUAGUUUUGAAACUCCCACGCUAUAAAGAAGACAGCAAAUGAAGAGUUCUUGGGAAGUUUUCUGAAACAGCAAAGUGAGCGUGGACUGACAGUGGAAGGUUUAUCCUGUAUGUCAGCUCACUUCAGCGGAGCUGGAUACUGAUGAAAUUUUUUUCACAAACACAGGACUCACCACCUGGCUGUCCCCAACCUGCAGCACCUGUGAAACCUCUUGCCUUAUUUGAAUUGGUUACUACUAGCACUUUAUUCAGAGACUGAUUUCCCAGCUGGAUCUUGGUUGUAUUAAUUAAAUCUGCACCAGGUAAAACAUCAAGACAGUAUGGCACACCUGGCUGAACCUAAAUGGACUCAUAUGUUCCCUAUGUUGGUGGUUUCGCUGGUGUACUCUGCAAAAGCUGAGUAUUCCAACUGUGGUGAAAACGAGUACUACAACCAGACCACUGGGAUGUGCCACGACUGUCCCCAAUGCCAGCCCGGAGAAGAACCUUACAUGACAUGUGGAUAUGGCACCAAAGAUGAAGACUACGGCUGCAUUCCUUGUCCAUCUGAGAAGUUUUCUAAAGGAGGUUACCAGAUAUGCAGGCGCCACAAAGAUUGUGAGGGAUUUUUUCGAGCUACUGUCAUGACACCUGGUGAUAAAGAGAAUGAUGCAGAGUGUGGGCCUUGUCUUCCUGGUUACUACAUGUUGGAAAACAGGCCCAGGAACAUAUAUGGAAUGGUUUGCUACUCAUGUUUGUUGGCGCCUCCCAAUACCAAGGAAUGUGCAGGUGCUACCUCAGGCCUUUCACCCAUUUUCCCAAGUACAUCUGGCACAAGCACUUUCUCACCUUUCCAGCAUGCACACAAAGCAGAUCUUUCAGGACAAGGUCAUCUGGCUACUGCUCUUAUCAUUGCCAUGUCUACUAUAUUCAUAAUGGCUAUUGCCAUUGUCUUGAUCAUCAUGUUUUACAUUGUGAAAACUAAACCUUCUGCUCAAGCCUGUUGCACCAGCCAUUCAGUAAAAACGGUUGAAGCCCAAGCCAAUAUGCAAGAAGAGAAGAAAGAAGUACAAGAAAAUGUAGUGAUAUUUGCAGAGAAAGAGGAGUUUGAAAAAUUGACCGCAACUCCAGCUAAGACUGUUAAGAGUGAAAAUGAUGCCUCUUCUGAGAACGAAAGACUUUUAAGUCGCAGUAUGGACAGUGAUGAAGAAGCUGCAGUUGACAAGCAAGAGGCCCCAGAGAGGUGCUUGUUAUCGUUAGUUCAUUUGGCCAGGGAUAAAUCUUCAACAAACAACAAAUCAACUGGGAUUCAAAGUCGAAGGAAAAAGAUUUUUGAUGUAUAUGCUAAUGUAUGUGAUGUUGCAGAAGGUCUCAGUCCCACAGAACUGCCUUUUGAUUGCCUGGAGAAGACCAGCAGGAUGCUCAGCUCAACCUACAACACUGAAAAAGCCAUUGUGAAAACAUGGCGCCACCUUGCAGAGAGCUUUGGAUUAAAGAGAGAUGAAAUAGGUGGUAUGACAGAUGGCAUGCAGCUCUUUGACCGAAUCAGUACAGCUGGCUAUAGUAUCCCCGAACUUCUAACCAAACUGGUACAAAUUGAGCGACUGGAUGCUGUUGAAUCUUUGUGCGCAGACAUUUUGGAAUGGGCACAAACAUCACCUACACCUGCACUACCAGCUGCUUCCUGAUGGUCAUGCUUGUGAUCCUGCCGGGAGUGGGUGGCCUGGUGGGGCUCUCAGUGGUUUGGGAGCCCCCAGGAAAUGCCAGGCCAGUUACCACCCCGGUGAAAGGCGGGUCAGGGUGCUUUAAUAACCCUACCUCCCACAAGCUCCCUUCACUUCCAAAGGAUCUGCCGGCACACCAAGUCCAAGACCAGUGUGUCCAGGAUGCUGGAGAGGGAUUGAAAAGAUUUGGUGCUUUCCUUCGUUACAUAUUCUGUCAUUCUAAAGGGUGAAUUGAGACAACAUUUGAAACUGAAUUUGACAUACAAACAGAAAUCUUCAGAGAAAUACAAGAUUAAAUGUUUCAUUAGACAUAAUGGCUUUUGUUAAACAGUUGCUGAUAGUAAAUGAACACUAAUGCCAAUUUUCCAUUCUGUUUACAAGAAUGGAUGCAGAUUAGUCUGUUGAUAUCCUGUUUUUGAAGAAAGUUUUUACUAUUUAAAGAUAUUUCUAUCAUGUCAGGCCUUGUUCAAUAAUUUAAUAGCUACAGUCAGAUACAGUACCAUGGAAUACAGAUAACACCCAUAUAUUUCUACAGUUUCUAACACAUGUAAUAGGUAACCUAUUUCAUUCCUUCUUUAUCCUAUGGAUUUGCUGAAUAAAGAAGUGUGUACAUUAAUUAUAUUCACAGAUUCCCUAGUUUAACUAAUAAUUCCAGAUAGAAAAAAAUUAUCAAGGUCAUCAACAGAUCUCAAAUGACUGUCUAUAUGUCAAUGCAUUCUUGGUCUACACAAACAUUUCAGAAACUUAUUAAUGCAUACUGCUAACUGACUAAAGACACAGUAGUUAGAAAGUUGACUACUUUUAACUUAAAAGAAACAUAUUUUAAUAUCUUCUGUAUUUACAAAAAAACUCUCUAAGCAAUAAAAAUGAUUGCAUAAGACUUUAAAAACAAAAAGAAGCAGAAUUAGUAAAAGAGCCACUUAAAGAGUACAAAGGCAACUGCUUUUAAAAACUAUUAUAUAUGCCUACAGAAGUAUGACGCAUGAGCAGUUGCUGAAGAGAAAAUAGUUCCUUAUGAGUCAAUUCCUUUUAUAGGGGCUUUAGACUGAGGUUGUUCACGGCAACAAUAUAUCUUAUUUUCUUCUAAAUGUUAACAAAUCUAUUUUUUGUGGCAGGAUGAUUUUUUUUCAGUCAAUAAUCACAGACCAGAAGCCAGUAGCUGUUAACAAACCUGGUAGGCUAAUUUGCAGUUCAGUUCAUUGCUAAAAUGCUGUGCUGACAGGUUUCAGCAGGAGUUAUUAUUAAUUUAGAAGAUAUUUCAUGAUUUACAAAGAUUUAUUUUUAAUUACAGAUUGCAUGACUGAGCAAACGUGUUAUAAAACUAUCAGUCAGUCAUAUCUUUGAAGUUAAUAACCAGUUUUUCACCAGUAAGCAUAUAGAACUUAACUGUGGUAGAGUUAUAAUUAUGUGCUGAAUAUUUAAUAACAAUAUUUGGUGUCCAUAUUUGCUGAUCUUUACACUGCUUAUUUUGAGUAGCCUGGGAGCUACAUAUUCCAACAUGAGACUUAAUUAUCCUUUUAGUUUCUCUUUGAAAUCUACUUAUCCCUCAUAUUUUGUGGCAAUAAUUAUAAAACCAUCUUGCUUAAUUAGUUUGCAAGUGCCAAACAGGAUUAUAAUUCUGUCCUUUACUUAUUCGUAAGAAAGCAGCCAUCUUCGCUUGCUUUCAUAUUUAAGCAAUGGGCAUCGGCCUAAACCUAAAACUUGGGAGUGACACAGGCCUGAAUUAACAGAUACUUAAAAGCAGGGGUGAAUUUCUGGCUUCAUUUGAAGUGAAGUUAAUAACAAACUGACUGGAGUGGGGCCAGAGUUUUGCCUGGAUACAAAAUUUUAUUUUGAGUUUAUUUCUACUUAUAAAACAAAAAUAAAAAGGGAAGGAAGUUGCUGUUCUUCUGCUAGUGUAUAAUUACAGUAUAAACUUUCAGCCAAAGGACUGGUCUUCCAUAUUUGUUUUAUUUCAUAUUAAUAUGUUAUUUACUUGUGUAAAGACAUAUUACAGUAAUAAUGUGUUUAUUGACCCUCAAGGACAUUAAGGCCUGGAAAUCAAUGUUGCCAAUGUGAAUAGACUAUUUAACAUUAUUUUAUUGAGUAUAGAAAUAUUUUAUCAUGUUACACAAAAGAUAUACAUGAAUGAAAACAGGAUUUCUGUACAUCUUGCCCAAAGAUUUCAUUUCUAAUAAUUUUGUUUAAUGUUGUAUAUAUAACUUAUUAUAUGGUGCAAUAUAAAUAUAUAAAUAAGCUAAUAAAAUUAAGAUAUGAAAUGUG